GUGGCAAAGAGGUGGGGUGGUGCAGUUUUGUUGAUCUCAAGGCAUUGUGUUUCCCUAUUUUCCUUUGUACUCUUUCUCCUCUCUUAAAUCGCCACUCCAUUAUUUUAGAUUUUGAUAAAACACACACACACACGUAUUAGAAGAACUUAAACCCUCUUAUGUUCUCUUCCUAUGCUUGAGUUUAAUUCAAGCAAGAAACAGAUAUCGAGAGAAGAGUAAGCACAGAGAUUGAGAGAAAGAAGGCACCAAACCCUAAAUGGGUCUAAACCCAAGAUUUUAAACUUCUUUUCGUAUUUUGAGGCAAAUGUCUCUUCAUUCCUUAAUCUUCUUCUCUUCUUCUUCAUUUCUCUUCUCUUUCUUCUUCUUCUUCAUCUUUUGUUUCUCUCUCUCUGAUGCAGAGCAAAACCCGGAAGCUUCUAUUCUCUACUCAUGGCUUCACUCUUCUUCUCCUACACCUUCUUCUCUUCCUCUCUUCAACUGGAACUCUAUAGACAACACUCCUUGCGACAACUGGACUUUUAUUACUUGUUCUCCUCAAGGUUUCGUCACCGACAUCGACAUUGAAUCUGUCCCUCUUCAGCUCUCUUUACCGAAGAAUCUCCCGGCGUUACGUUCUCUCCAGAAACUCACUAUCUCUGGCGCUAAUCUCACCGGAACUUUACCUGAGAGUCUCGGUGACUGCCUUGGUCUCACGGUUCUUGAUCUUAGCUCUAAUGGUUUAGUUGGUGACAUUCCUUGGAGUUUAAGCAAGCUACGUAACCUAGAAACCCUAAUCCUCAACUCUAACCAACUCACCGGAAAAAUCCCACCAGAUAUCAGCAAGUGUUUGAAACUCAAGAGCUUGAUUCUCUUCGACAAUCUUCUCACCGGACCUAUCCCGCUGGAGCUAGGGAAGCUCUCUGGCCUCGAAGUGAUAAGAAUAGGAGGAAACAAAGAAAUCUCCGGCCAAAUCCCACCGGAGAUCGGAGAUUGUUCCAAUCUAACAGUUCUUGGUUUAGCUGAAACAAGCGUCUCCGGAAACUUGCCUUCUUCCUUAGGUAAGCUCAAGAAGCUACAAACACUCUCGAUAUACACAACAAUGAUAAGUGGAGAGAUUCCUUCAGAUUUAGGGAAUUGCUCUGAGCUUGUUGAUCUCUUCUUGUACGAGAAUAGCUUGUCUGGUUCAAUCCCUCGAGAAAUCGGAAAGCUUUCUAAACUCGAACAGCUGUUUCUAUGGCAGAACAGUCUCGUUGGUGGUAUCCCUGAAGAAAUAGGAAACUGCAGCAAUCUCAAAAUGAUAGAUUUGUCUUUAAAUCUCCUCUCUGGUUCCAUUCCAACCUCCAUUGGGCGUUUGUCUUUUCUUGAAGAGUUUAUGAUCAGUGACAACAAAAUCUCCGGUUCAAUACCAACAACAAUCUCGAACUGUUCGAGUCUUGUCCAGUUACAGCUCGAUAAGAAUCAGAUUUCAGGUCUAAUACCGUCCGAGCUUGGAACACUCACAAAGCUUACUCUGUUCUUUGCUUGGUCUAAUCAGCUAGAAGGAAGCAUCCCUCCCGGUUUAGCAGAAUGUACUGAUCUCCAAGCAUUAGAUUUGUCGCGUAAUUCGCUAACCGGGACAAUCCCUUCCGGUUUGUUUAUGCUAAGGAACCUCACAAAGCUUCUUUUGAUCUCAAACUCUCUGUCUGGUUUUAUACCUCAAGAGAUUGGUAAUUGCAGCUCUUUGGUGAGAUUGAGGUUAGGUUUCAACAGGAUCACAGGAGAGAUUCCCUCGGGUAUUGGUUCGCUUAAGAAGCUAAACUUUCUCGAUUUUUCGAGUAAUAGGCUACAUGGAAAGGUUCCUGAUGAGAUUGGAAGCUGCUCGGAGUUACAGAUGAUUGAUCUCAGUAAUAACUCUCUUGAAGGUUCUUUGCCUAAUCCGGUUUCUUCUCUCUCCGGUUUACAAGUUCUUGAUGUUUCAGCUAACCAGUUUUCAGGCAAGAUUCCAGCGAGUUUGGGGCGGCUUGUGUCACUAAACAAACUAAUCUUGAGCAAGAACUUGUUCUCCGGAUCGAUACCUACUUCUCUAGGGAUGUGUUCAGGGCUUCAGCUUCUUGAUCUUGGAAGCAACGAGCUCUCUGGUGAGAUUCCUUCAGAGCUUGGAGAUAUCGAGAAUCUUGAAAUCGCGUUAAACCUGAGUAGUAACAGACUCACAGGGAAGAUUCCUUCAAAGAUUGCGUCUCUCAACAAGCUCUCGAUUCUUGAUCUCUCCCACAACAUGCUUGAAGGAGAUCUUGCUCCACUCGCCAAUAUCGAGAAUCUCGUCUCUCUUAACAUCUCUUACAAUAGCUUCUCUGGUUAUCUUCCAGACAACAAGCUUUUCAGACAAUUACCUCUUCAAGAUCUUGAAGGAAACAAAAAACUCUGCUCUUCUUCAACUCAAGAUUCUUGCUUUCUCACCUAUGGGAAGGGUAAUGGACUUGGAGAUGAUGGUGAUUCUUCUCGUACAAGAAAGCUUAGGUUAGCACUCGCUCUUUUGAUCACCUUGACGGUUGUGUUGAUGAUUCUUGGUGCGGUUGCGGUUAUUCGAGCCAGAAGGAACAUCGAAAACGAAAGGGAUUCUGAGCUUGGAGAAACAUAUAAAUGGCAGUUCACACCAUUUCAGAAGCUGAAUUUCUCUGUAGAUCAGAUCAUAAGAUGUUUGGUUGAACCUAAUGUGAUUGGUAAAGGAUGUUCAGGCGUAGUUUACCGCGCUGAUGUGGACAAUGGCGAGGUUAUAGCCGUGAAGAAGCUUUGGCCAGCGAUGGUUAAUGGUGGUCACGAUGAGAAGACCAAAAACGUGAGAGAUUCGUUUUCAGCAGAAGUUAAGACACUUGGGACGAUUAGACACAAGAACAUAGUUCGGUUUCUCGGAUGUUGUUGGAACCGAAACACGAGGCUUUUGAUGUAUGAUUACAUGCCUAAUGGAAGCUUAGGGAGUUUGCUUCACGAGAGACGAGGGUCUUCGCUUGAUUGGGAUCUUAGAUACAGAAUCUUGCUUGGUGCAGCUCAAGGUUUAGCUUAUUUACACCAUGAUUGCCUCCCACCCAUUGUUCACCGCGAUAUCAAAGCCAACAACAUCUUGAUCGGUCUAGAUUUCGAGCCUUACAUUGCGGAUUUUGGUUUAGCAAAGCUUGUUGAUGAAGGUGAUAUUGGCCGGUGUUCUAAUACCGUCGCUGGAUCUUAUGGUUACAUUGCUCCAGAGUAUGGUUAUAGCAUGAAGAUUACAGAGAAGAGUGAUGUUUAUAGCUACGGUGUAGUUGUUCUUGAAGUGUUGACCGGGAAACAACCUAUAGAUCCGACGGUACCAGAAGGGCUUCACUUAGUGGAUUGGGUGAGGCAAAAUAGGGGUAGCCUCGAAGUUCUUGAUUCGACAUUGAGAUCAAGAACAGAAGCUGAGGCGGAUGAGAUGAUGCAAGUGUUGGGAACUGCUUUGCUGUGUGUAAACUCAUCUCCAGACGAGAGACCCACCAUGAAAGACGUUGCGGCUAUGCUGAAAGAGAUCAAGCAAGAGCGUGAGGAGUACGCGAAAGUUGACUUGCUUCUCAAGAAAUCUCCUCCGCCAACAACAACAAUGCAAGAGGAAAGUCGUAAGAAUGAGAUGACGAUGAUCUCGGCGGCUGCGGCUUCGUCUUCUAAAGAGAUGAGACGAGAAGAAAGAUUAGUGAAGAGUAACAACACGAGUUUCUCUGCUUCUUUUCUGCUUUACUCUCCUUCUUCUUCAAUCGAGUGAUUUUAAGGUUUAAAGGUUACGUGAGAAGAAAGCUUUUGUGUGUUGUUUGAGAAAUGGGCUUUUCUUUUCAUUUUUUUAAUUACCGUUUUAAAUCUUUAGAUUUGUGUUGUAAAAAAAGAAGAAGAAUAGAACGAGAGAAGGUGAGUCAGUAAUGUUAUGGAAUUGUGAUUAGCAAAGGGUGACAUGAUAUUGUACCU